AUGAUCAACGGACCUUCUGAUGUCGUUGAUGAAGGCACCGGCUCUGGCUGUGGUGAUGCAAAGGAUGGCAUUUCGGUCGGUGCUGGUGGUGUUGGCACGGCGUCGGAUGUGGAUGCCGUUGCAGAUGCUGAGACCACUGGAGGUGGCACAAUGGACGAAGAAGGUUGCACCGAAGAUUCUGCAGGCGGUGCCAUGGAUGAGGAUGCUGGUGAUGGUUGUGCUGAGCUUGAGAGCGCGGGUGGCAUGCUUGGUGCAGCGGAAGACGAUAGCGUGGGAGUAGGCGCAGGAAUCUCCGAUGUCAGAGAUGGCGGUGCGGGUUCGCUGGGUGUUGGCUCUGCUACUUCCGAAGAUGAGCUUGCGAGUACAGAGGAUGAGGCUGCUGAGCUAGGUAUGACUGGCUCUGGUACAGCGGAAGAAACGGGCAUCUCGGGUGCUCCGCUUGGCUCUGGUGUGGCUGUCGGCACGACUGUAGUGUAUGAUGUUACAAUCACUACAGGCGGUACCUGGAGGGAUGCCGAUGGGGAUACUUCAGCCGGGGGGUUUGAUGGAGCGGGCAUGGGAGUGCCAGCCACUUCCGAUGUUGAAGAGACUAGUGGAGCAGACUCUUGA